AUGCCUCAUAAUCAUAAACCCUCCGUUGAUGCUAACCUCACGGCGGUGGCAAUUGAUAAAGACAAGAACAGUUCAUCGGCUGUGAAAUGGGCAAUCGAACAUCUCUUGCCCUCAAAUCCUACCAUCAUCCUGAUCCAUGUUAGGAUCAGGCCUUCACAAUCUCAGAGUUUUGGGGGAGAUAUUGGAUUAUGCGAUGCUGAUAUGCAACAGCUUUUCAAGGCGUCUCGAGUUUAUUGUGCUCGUAAAGGGAUAAGAGUGCAAGAAGUAACAUUAGAGGAUACUGAUGUUUCCAGAGCAAUCCUGGACUUCAUCUCAGAGAAUAAUGUUAAGAAUAUUGUUCUUGGUGCUUCCUCAAGGAAUCCAAUUGCAAGGAAGUUUUGGUCUCUUGAUGUGCCAACCAUAGUCAACAAGGCUGCCCCAGAGUUCUGCUCCGUUUAUGUAAUUGCCAAAGGAAAGACACAAUCUUAUCGGCCAGCAGCAAGAUUCUCAUACAGUUCUGUAACUCCACCAAGUUCUGUAACUCCUAAACAACAAUCUCCACGAAAUCAAUCGCCUAAUCGCUAUAAGCCAGGCGAUGUUUCAAGGGAAUCAAGCAAGAGCAUCGACCAAAAGGGCGUGGGAUCUGCAAAGGUGUGGCCAAGGAUUGUUUCUGCAGCUGAAUCCAUGGAAAAUUACGACAUUUCUUUCGUUGCUCCCAAAAACUAUUCUAGCCGUGAUAGCUAUGGUGAAAGUGAUUUCUCUGCAUCACUUCACUUUGGGAGAUCAAUGGAUUCCAAGAAUUCACACACGCUGGAAUCUACCUCCGAUGGAAGCUCUACGUCGUCGUCUUCACUUGAAGAUGAAAUGAACAAACUAAAGCGCGAGCUUCAGCAAACCUUGGACAUGUAUAACUCAGUUUGCAAGGAAGCAGUCUCAGCUCAACAUAAGGCUAGAGAGAUCGAUCAAUGGAAAUCAGACGAAAAUCAGAAGAUAGAGCAAUCCCGGCUUGCUGAAGAAGCAGCUCUUGCACUUGUCGAGAUGGAAAAGGCCAAAAGUAAAGCUGCCAUUGAAGCGGCUGAGAAGGCUCAGAAAUUAGCUGAGAUCGAAGCACGGAGAAGGAAGCAGGCAGAGGAAAAGGCCAAGUACGCUGCAGAAGAAAAGAAUAGAGCACUGACUGUUAUGUCACGAAAUGAUUCGAGGUACAGAAAAUACACCAUUGAGGAAAUAGAGAUAGCCACCAACAAGUUUGCACAGACAUCGAAAAUUGGGGAAGGUGGUUAUGGACCUGUUUACAAAGGUAAACUUGAUCAUACCCCUGUGGCAAUAAAGAUUCUCAGAUCAGAUGCAGCACAAGGGAUGAAACAAUUCCAACAAGAGAUAGAGGUUUUAAGCUGCAUAAGACACCCAAACAUGGUUCUCCUGUUGGGUGCAUGUCCUGAAUAUGGAUGUCUGGUGUAUGAAUUCAUGAACAACGGCAGUUUGGAAGACAGGUUAUUUCGCAAAGGAAACAGUCCACCUAUACCAUGGGCAAUUCGGUUCAGAAUAGCAUCUGAUAUCGCCACGGGGCUUCUUUUUCUUCAUCAGGCGAAACCUGAGCCGCUUGUGCACCGGGAUCUCAAGCCGGCCAACAUUCUCUUAGAUAACAAUUUUGUUUGCAAAAUCAGCGAUGUUGGUUUAGCGCGUUUGGUUCCACCAACGGUGGCUGAUACUGUAACACAAUAUCACAUGACUUCAGCUGCAGGGACAUUUUGUUACAUAGAUCCUGAAUAUCAACAUACGGGUAAAUUAGGGACAAAAUCUGAUAUAUACUCGCUGGGAGUAAUGCUGCUCCAGAUUCUCACCGCAAGGCCUCCAAUGGGACUUACUCAUCACGUCGAGAAAGCCAUAAACAGAGGAACAUUCGGAGAUUUGCUGGAUCCAACAGUGCCUGAUUGGCCUAUUGAAGAGGCUCUUGGCUUAGCGAAACUAGCAAUGCAAUGCGCGGAGCUAAGAAAGAAGGAUAGACCAUCUCUUAGUUCAGUCAUUCUUCCAGAGCUGAAUCGGCUAAAAGAACUCGGUAGGAGCGUUACGGUCAAAUGUGACGAUGAUACAGAAAUUCCGCCGGAGACGACAACCACGACUCCGUCAUCGUCGUCAUCGUCGUCAUCAUCACCGGGUUUGCUCUGCAUAAGCGAAUGUGCAACAUGUCCCGUCAUUUGUUCGCCGCCACCUUCGCCGGCGAACUCAAAACCCCCGCCGUCCCCUUUCCUUCCUCCUUCCCCAUCACUGACUAAGCCGUCGCCGCUGCCUCCAUCGCCGCCAGUUCACUACUACUCACCUUCAUAUCCGUAUCUCCACGCGCCGCCGCCUUCGUUGUUCCCGGAGCCGUUGCCCCCCGUAUCUUCUUCCCCGCCGCCACCUCCAACACCCAAAAAACAACCACCGCCAACGCCGUCUUAUGUUUCAUCGGGAAGUGGCUCACCUCCUCCACCGCGCAUGAUCUACAGCGGCGGAGACGGCAGCGGAGGCGGGAAUGUUCCAUCAAUUCAGCAGGUGCCUCCUGCGAUGGGACAGAGGAAUUACACUUAUCCUUACUACUAUUUCUAUGCUUCAAAUUCGGGGUCACGUUUUAUGUUACCGGGUUCAUCCAUUUUGGUACCUUUGCUGGCUAUUUACGCCUUCUACAUUUCUUAA